AUGGCUCCGUCAGCUGCCCAAGCCACGGAGGGCAUCGUGGCACCCCUUGACCCAAAGUCGAUGCCCCCUUUCUGGAAGCGGAAGAACGGCGUUCUGCUGUAUUUCCUGCUCACCUCGUCGCUGCUGGCCAGUGCUGCCCUUGGCAUCGAUGGUAGCAUGACAAAUGGCAUGCAAGUCCUUCCGACGUGGCAAGAGGAAUUCAACCAUCCGACAGGUUCCGUUCUUGGCUUCUUUGGCGCGUCGAAUGCCAUCGGCGGCGUAAUUCCCUUUAUCUUCCUCAGCUGGAUAGGAGACAAACUCGGCCGAAGAUGGCCCACGGCACUCGGCUCCAUCAUCAUCAUCGCGGGAGCUUUGGUGCAGUUCUUCUCGACGUCCUUGAACAUGUUCAUCGGUGGGAAGAUUGUUCUGGGGAUCGGCUCAUCACUAAUCCAGAUGGGCGCGCCUGUCCUGGUCACCGAGCUCAGCCAUCCGAAAGAACGUGUGAUGGCAACGACCUUUUACAAUACAUCGAUUCCACUUGGCUAUGUCAUUGGAGCCUGGGGCACCUAUGGGUGUUUCCGUAUCAAGGGCCAGUGGUCUUGGAAGCUGCCUGUCCUGAUCCAGGUCGUCCCCUCGGCAUAUCAGCUCUGCCUCAUUUUCUUCUGCCCAGAAUCGCCACGAUGGCUCAUUGCCAAGGGCAAGACCGAAAAGGCACGCGAGAUCCUCGUCAAGUACCACGGGGAAGGAGACAGCGAUUCCGCACUCGUAAACUUUGAAUUUGCCGAAAUCCAAAAGGUCAUUGCCGAGGAACUGGAGCAAGACAUGACGUGGAAUGCUUUCUUCUCCUCCAAGGCCAACCUCAAGAGAAUUGCGCUUUGCUUUGCCACGGCCGUCUUCAGCCAGAGCUCGGGCAACCUUCUGGUGUCCAACUACCUGACGCAGAUCCUCAGAGACACUGGCAUUAAGGAGGACAAAGACAUCACAUUGAUCAACUGCAUGGUGACCCUCUGGCAGUACAUUGUCGCGCUCGGAGUGACAGUCGUCAUUGACCGUUUCAAGCGCCGCACCUUUUUCUUGACGGGAUCGGGCGGCGUCCUUGUCACCUUCGUUGCGUGGACUAUUGCGGCUCAGCAGUACCUGGAACACGAUUCCAUCGCUGCUGGGCGCGUUGUGCUGGCUUGCAUUUUCCUCUUCCAAGGCUUCUACACCUGCGCGUGGACCAACCUCAUCGUCACAUACCCUCUUGAGCUUGUCACCUAUCAGAUGCGCGCCAAGACAUGGGCUUUCGUGCUUCUGACGAUUCAGGUCGCGUCCAUCUUUGGAGGAUACGUCAAUCCCGUUGGCUUGGAGAACAUUGGGUGGAAGUUCUAUAUCUACUAUUGCGUAUGGGUGGCCUUUGUCUUUGGGAUUGUGUACUUCUUCUUCGUGGAGACGUCUGGACCUACAUUGGAGGAGCUGGCGUACCUCUUUGAAGGUAAGGAGGGAAUGGAGCGGAAUAUUCAGGAGGUCAAGGUGGUACAAGAAGAGCAUGAGGAGCUAGAGUAUAAGAGGGUCUGA